AUGGCGGGAAGCUUGGCCACGGCCUUGGGCGAGGACCUGCGCGGCAAGGUGCAGAGCGCCAAGAUCCUCGUGGUGGGCGCCGGCGGCAUCGGCUGCGAGCUGCUCAAGAACCUGGUGCUCAGCGGCUUCGUGGACAUCCACCUCAUCGACCUGGACACCAUCGACGUGUCCAACCUGAACCGCCAGUUCCUCUUCCGCUCGCAGCACGUGGGCCAGUCCAAGGCGCUCGUGGCGCGCGAGAUCGCCAUGGAGUUCAACCCCAAGGCCCAGAUCACGGCGCACCACGGCAACAUCAAGAGCAGCCAGUUCGACAUCGACUACUUCCAGCAGUUCGCGCUCGUGCUCAACGCGCUGGACAACGUGGACGCCCGCAAGCACGUGAACCGCCUGUGUCUGGCCACCAACACGCCGCUCAUUGAGAGCGGCACCACGGGCUACCUGGGCCAGGUCUCGGUCAUCAAGAAGGGCGAGACCGAGUGCUACGAGUGCACGCCCAAGGUCACCCAGAAGCAGUACCCGAUCUGCACCAUCCGCAGCACACCCGAGAAGAUGGUGCACUGCAUCGUGUGGGCCAAGGAGUGCUACAAGCUGCUGUUCGGCAAGACGGAGGACUCGAUGCUGUGGGAGGACCCCGCCAACGAGGACAAGUCGGCCUUCAUGGACCUCGUCACGCGCUCGCCCAACAUGAAGUUCGAUGGCGUGGGCAAGCUGCAGGAGUAUGCGUGCGGCGUCUUUCGCGGUCUUUUCGACUUUGAGAUCAAGAAGAGACUGGAGAUGAAGACGUACAAGACAGCGGCAAAGCGCCCUAGUCCGCUUGUGCUGGAGGAGAUCGUGGGCGCGGAUAUCGUACAGGCUAUCAACCUGAACGACGCUGCGGCCAAGAAGCAGGCGGAAAACGGAAAGGUCUGGAGUGACCGCGACGUGUGGAGCGUCUCGGAAUGCGUGACGCGCUUCGUCUCGUGCAUCGUCCGAAUCCUGAACAGCGAGCAGGCGCGCGCCAACCUGGGCAGUUAUGAGUUCGACAAGGACGACGCCACCGCUAUGGAGUUUGUGACUGCGGCGGCAAACCUGCGCGCCUUCGUGUUCUCUAUCCCGAUGGAGUCGCUGUACAGCUGCAAGGGCAUCGCCGGUAACAUUAUCCCGGCCAUCGCCACCACGAACGCGAUCGUGGCGGGAUUCCAGGUGCUGGAAGCGUUCCGUAUUCUCCAGGCCGCCAAGCCCGUGGGCGAGGCGUGCAAGUACACGCACUGCAACCGUUCGUGGAACGCUAAAGGCGAGCUGCUGCAGCCGACCAAUCUUGAGAAGCCGAAUCCGCAAUGCUACGUGUGCUCCAAGCACACGGUGGAGCUGGCCGUCGACACCAACCGCAUGCUGCUGCGUGACUUGGUCGAGCAAGUGCUGAAGAAGAAGCUGGGUGUGAACGAGCCCACCAUUUCGAUUGGCGCCAACACGAUCUACGAAGAAGGUGAGGACGCCGAGGAGAGUUUGGCUGUGAACCUGGAGAAGAAGCUCGCGGACCUCCCUGGCAAGGGCAUCCACCAUGAAACCACGGUAUCAGUUGAGGACUUCUCGCAGGAUUUUCGUUGCAACAUCCGCGUACUGCAUCGCGACGCGAAAGAGUUUGGCGAGGAGGCCACGGAGCUCUUCGCGCUGGGCGGUGACAUCGCCAAGUUGGCAGCGGACCUGAAAGAGGAGGAGGCCAAGCAAGCUGCGCUCAAGUUGGCCGCCGCUUCCGGCCAAGGCCAGGACGAGGAGGACGACGACGACUUUGAGAUGGUAGACCCGGUGGAUGCCCCCGCGCACAAACGCAGCAGGCAGGAGGACGCAGCCGAAGGCGCGGCUGCCAAAAAGGCCAAGUCGGACGUGGUGGAUCUGCUCUAGAUUAUCGAGCGUAGUCGUCGUUGCUUAAAUGGCAUACUUACAACUCCCUGGCUU